GAACUGGUAUGAACGAUGAUUGCCGAUCGUAGGGAAAGUACCGAAAUUCGAAUUGGAUAAAACAGGAGUGCGCGCCGCUCAAAAAGUUAUACUUGGUUGUAGACUCCGUAGUUGCAGUUCAGUUGAAUCUUCCACAAAGCAUUAUGGUCGUAAAAAUGAGUGAGUCUAGUGCCAAAGCAGCAUCCCAAACCGCACCUCUGAUGGGCAACAAUCAAGAAAUCAACUUGAAAAAUAAUACCUCGAAUUUGGUGGUGAUUGGAAAUUACAACAGCAUCAGUUUAGAGAGCAACGAAUUGAGUGUCCAAGUGAUUGGUGAUGAAUGCACCCUCAAUGUGGCCAAUGGCUCUGGAAGAAUCAAGUAUAUUGGAAACAAUGGCAGUAUAUUUCUUGGUGACAGUGUAACUAAAGACUUGGUCACAUCCAUCGGCAACAACAACAAGAUUAUUUCGAAAAACCAAACGUCGAAACCGAAGAAGCACAGCAAACAACACAAAACUCAACUGAAAUACAUCAAUAUAAAUCAUUUCAGUGGAUGAAUCUAAAAUUUUAAAUUUCAAGUGAAUACCAGAAGUUCCUAUAUUUAAUACCAACAAUGUAUU